GUGGUGGAGUUUUUGAGGGGGGUUGAUGUGGCGUUGGAGACGAGGUAUUUGGAGCAUGUUGUUGGGGAGCUGGGGGAUGGGACGCCCGAAUUUCAUAAUCGGUUGGUGGAACUGUUUGGGUUGAUGGGGAGGUUGGUGAGGUUUUUGAGGGAGAGCAGGCAUAACUGGUCUGGCAACCUGUUUUUUUCAUGGUUGGGGAUGCUAAUGAUGGCGACAGAUCCCUCCUUUUAUGAGGCUCAUGCGGUGGUUCUCAGCAACAGGGGACAGCACAGGCAGGCGCUGGUGAUAUAUGUCUUCAAGAUGAAGGACUAUGCCAAGGCAGAGGAAUACUGCAACCACAUCCACAAGACACAAGACCUCCCCCCCUCUUCGUCUCCUGACCAAAACGACACCGACAACACUGACCAGCCCUCCAUCUACCACACCCUCUUGUCACUCUACCUCCGCCCACCCAGACCUCACGAGCCCAACCUUGGACCUGCGCUGGAUCUCCUCUCAAAACAUGGCUCCCGUCUGCCAGCUACUUCGACCUUGUCGCUUGUGCCAGAUGAUCUGCCUGUCGCGCAACUGGAAUCGUAUUUCCGCGGCAGGAUGAGGAGCGCGAAUUCAAUGGUCAACGAGACGAGGGUGGUGGCUGGGCUGAGGAGGACGAGCCACUUGGCGGCGCAGGCGUUGUUGUACCUGGGAGAUGGGAUACCGGGGGGUCAGGCGGGGAGGAACAGGAGGGUGGUUGUUGGGGAGGAGAGGAUGUGUGGGGGGUGUCAUAAAAGGUUGGGGAGGAGUGUGGUGGCGGUUUUGCCGGACAAUAGGGUGGUGCACUAUGGUUGUUUGGGGAGGGUGACUGGGGGGAAGGGGGAAAGGCCGAUGAGGCCGGGGAGGGUCAGGUCGGGGGACGGGGGGGGGGGGAAGAAGGGGGGGAGGGGGGGAACGGGAGGGGGAGGAGAGAAGGGAGGGGGAGAAAGGGGAGGGGGGAGGGGAGGGCGGGGGGGGGCACACCAGGAGGCACCCCGCGGCGCGGGCAAAAACGGGGGAGGAGGAGGCGCGGGAGAGGGGGGGGGGGGGCGGGGGAGGGAGCCGCAAGCCGCCGCGACUACCGCCGCGCCCGAGGGCGCCGCCGCGGGCGGGGCCACCCCAGCGUGGCCAACCCCCCCCGGGGCGGCGGCCAGGCGG